CCAGAACGCAGUAAUAAUGGUUACUUUUAUAACCAGGCACAAUGUUAUAGGAUUGCAAAGUUUUCAUUACUAGCUCCAUUUCAGGCUUCACCAGAUGUAAAUACUAGCUCCACUUCACACUUCCAUGUAUCAACCACCGGCU